AUGGCAAUGAACCGUAAAGAAAAUAUUCAAGGCCAGGAAACGUCAACGGAAAAGAACAAAAAUGAAUGUAAUGGGAAGAAAAUACCAAUCUUGUGUGAAGCAUGCAAGUAUGAUGAUUCGUUUGAAGAGGCAACGGGAUUUUGUGUGACAUGUUCCGAGUAUUUGUGUCAGACCUGUUGUCGCGAUCACAAAAGAAACAAAGUAACAAGAGAACACUCGUUGUUAAAGAAUGAUGAUAUUCCUGCGGACAUAACGCCGUUUAAGACCAUUAAGCAACUAUCGACCUGCGAUAUUCAUCCUGACAAUGACAUCGCAUACGAGUGCGGAGACCAUGAAGCUUUGGUUUGCGUUUUCUGUCUUAAUGAGAGUCAUCGGAAAUGCGAAAAUAUCCAUGAUCUAGGAGUUGUUGAUUCUGCUGAUUCAGGUAUUAACAUGAUGGCAGAACUUCAAGACAGAAUACAUGCGUUAAAAGCACAGCGGAACGAGAUCGAGAUUGAACAAGAAAAAAAUAAAAUUAAUUUGCAAUGCCUGGUAGCCAAAUGGAAGGAUAAUAUAACCGGCUUAGGAAAUGAUUUUGAUACACAAUUAAGCGAAAUGUCACUCUCCGAGACAACGCAAUUGAAUGAAUAUAUUGAUGGCUGUCAGGAAAUCGAGACGGAUAUAACUAGAAACAAAGCGUUGAUCGAAACACUUAUGAAACACGGAACAAAGCGACAAAAGGCUGUUGUUCUGCGACGAAUAAACCAUGCACGCGUUGAUCUUAAAGAUAAACUACAAAAACUCGAAUGUCAGCGUCAACAAAGCAUCGCGCUCAUUAACGUGAAACAGUUUGCUGUUCUAACAAUGAUUGCAGAGUUAUCGUUAGAAGAGAAGAGCAAAUAUAAUACUGACACAUUGGAACAGACCAGCGAUGAAGUGCAUGACGAUUUGGAUUCGGAAAAUAUACCAAGGGAGAAAAUUGAUGAAUGCACACAAACGAGUUUUGCUGUCUCGAACUCUGACGCAAAACUAAGGUCCUCUAAGCCGUUCUCAGAAAGAGAAAGCGGACAAAAAAUAACUUUGUUUAAAGUUAAAACAGAAACAGACACAAACACUUGUGGUAUUUUUGCCAUUAAAUUAACAGAAUAUGGAGUUCUUGUUGCUGAUCAUCGUAACAGAAAACUUAAGCUCUUCAGUCGAACAUUUGACUUAAUUUGUGAACACUCGCUUCCCGGUCAGCCGGUAGACAUGUGUUUUGAUGGAUCCAGUGCCUAUGUCUGCUAUUCAGACCUAAAGAAAGUGACGAAACACAAAAUAACCGAAAAUACGAUUUUGAAUGAAAUGGAAACUCCAACUCGGCUCCAACCGAUAAGUCUAACUGUUUUUAACUCCCGACUGAUGAUUUUGUUUGUAACUCAAGAGAACGUUGACAGUUCGGCAGCUGACGAUGUUCAAAUUGAAAUCCGAAAAGGAAGUUCAAUAAAUGCCACCAUCUCGUAUGAUUCCGACGAUGAUAGUUUUAACUAUGUAAAAGAUGCAAAGCAAGUUUUUGCAUUAGGUAAGUCGUCCAUUGUUUUCUCAGAAAACUGGCGGGUGUCCUGCUAUACCGUCGGUAAGCAGACUAGAGAACUAAUUCAUCGACAAUGGUUUUACCAUUCACAUGCCAAUCAAAUUCUAAAAAAAGCGAAAGGGGUUGCGAAAGACAGUGAAGGGAAUAUCUAUAUUUGCGGUGAAGAUUCUAACAACAUUCACCAGGUGUCGUCUAAAAACUACAAGCGUAACCGUGUGAUUAUCCCUCGCUGUGAUCGUCCUGUUUGCAUCGCCGUAGACGAACAGAAAGAUAGACUAAUAAUCGGAUGUCGGAUUGGUGACUAUUUGCAAGCGUACUCAUUUAAAUAG